AAAAGAAAAAAUGUCUGUUUAAACUUAAUGUUCCUAUAACCAACAGAGAAACAAGAGUGUACGACUCCUGAAUAUACAAAAAAAAAUAAAACCAAAAAAAAAACCCACCCAUAAAAAACAGGGUCCUUUCUAAUUCUUGAUGUUAUGCACUAAUAAUUCUUCAAUGAUUCCCAUCUCUUUUCUUUUCUUUGACCCUUUUAAUCUCUUAUUGUUCUAUGCCUAGUAUGAGUAAUCUGAGCCACACUUAUCUUAACCGUAAUAAUACAGUAACUAUGCAACAGCAUCAAAGAUCAUUUAUGAAGCGUCCGACAACUCCUACUCCACAAGAGCAGCAACCGCAACAGCCAACAAAGAUUUUACAGCCAUUAAAUGACGCUUACGAUAAUCAACAGCAACAACAACAGCAGCAGCAUCAUCAGCGGAAUAACAGUAUUAGUAGCAUCUUCCUGACCAAACUAUCAUCUAAUACGGCUAUGAUGAGGAAAGCAACGAUUACAAGAUUAUCAGCAAAAACGCAUCUAACAAGUACGCUAUCUUUAUCACGAAAGAAGAGGAAGGAUAAUUAUACUAAAAGCAGCCUUGAUAAUAAUCAGACUGGCAACAAGCUGACUAUACAUGCAUAUUCGCCUCAACCAGCAACUUCUUCCUCUUCUACUCACAAUAACAAUAAUAUAUUUCAUCCUGCAUAUUUAUCAAAUCUUGCUCAUGAAUUUAAGGAGCAAAUCAUAAUUAGCACCAAAAUAAAAGACAGCAUUGAAUAUCAUGAUGCAUUUGAUGGCAAAGAUGCCGUGACAAAGCUGACAGCCAUCAUAAAAACUACGGAUCGACAUUUGGCUUUAUUAGUUGGACGUGCUCUACAUCAACAGAAAUUUUUUCAUGAUGUUCGUUAUGAACAAACGCUCAAAGACUCUGCAGAAGAACUGUAUCAAUACAAUUCUAUUACAACUGCAACGGACGAACCAUCAUCAUCGAAAUCGUCCUCCACGGCAGCAGAACAACAGUUAUUACCCAGUGGUAUAUUCACGCCUCUGACGGAUUGCUAUUCUCCCAGUUGUACAUCCGAAAAUAAAUGCUAUAGUCCACGAUGCCCCAAAAAACUGACAAAGUAUAGUAUGCAGCAAAAACAACUCUCAUUUUUUUCGGACGAAAAUAAAGAUAGACUAUGGAUAAACACGAUACCAAAGUCCCUCCUUGAGAAGUUAUCGUCGAGGGAAAUCAAGCGGCAAGAGAUUAUUUUCGAGCUUAUAUAUACCGAAGAAGACUUUGUUAAUGAUUUAGCAUAUAUAGAAUCGCAUUGGAUUCAACCUAUACUCCAUCCGCAGUCAAUAAAGGAUGAUACGAGUGGAAUAUCGAUUUAUCGAAAAGAAGCAUUUGUUCGUGAUAUUUUCUGGAAUAUUCCCCAUAUUAGGAAGAGCAAUCAUUUGUUCCUUAAAGAUCUGUUCGACCUCCAGUCUGAGCACCAACUGAUUCCACAUAUUAGCGAUAUCUUUUUGAAGCAUAUUGAGCAGUUAGGCAUGCUGGAGCCGUUUGUAGAGUAUGGGUCCCAUCAGUUUAUCAGUCAGUACUUGUUUGAACAAGAAAAAGCCACCAAUCCCACUUUUACGAAACAUGUCAGAAUGAUAGAAAGGGAUCCAAUUUCAAGAAAACUCGAAUUAAACGGAUAUCUAACCAAACCCACUACACGUCUCGGCCGAUAUAAUCUAUUUUUGAAAGAAGUUUGGAAACAUACAACAAAAGAGGAGAACCCUGUCGAUUAUCAAAAAAUACCGAACGUCAUAAGCCUCAUCCAUCAAUUUUUACAACGUGUCAAUGAAGCUUCUGGACGAGCGGAAAAGAAAUACAGUCUAGAAAUGCUCCAAAAAAAGUUGAGCUUUCAUACUCCAGCAUCAGAAGUGAGAUCAUUGGAUCUAUUGUCAGACGAGCGUGAAAUUAUUAUGAAAGGAACACUGAAAAAGACCAGCGCAGCUGCGUCUGAUAAACGAACAGGUCUAUUUGUCUGUGUGUUGGACCAUUAUUUACUCAUGUUGAAGCCUAAAUUCUUGGAUCGCAUGGAAGUCUAUAAAUUAUUUAAGAAGCCUAUACCGUUAGUACUCUUGUCCAUUUCCACAGCGGUGCCUGACCAACCAUUACUAUCACGGAGGAAUAGUACAUCUUUCUUAAACCGACGGUCGAGUACUGUGUCUAUUAGCAGUACACACUCCUUAGAUACAGCUAUUGCAAGUACAAUUUCUUCUUCUUUGUUAAUCACACCGCCUUCCUCAUCUCUAUCCACGACCACUACAUCAAGCAGCAAAUACAAUUCGCCUCCCCUCACCGACCUUCAUCCUCAUCCUCAUCCUCAUCAUUUGCAAAUGCAGCAGCCACCGCAGCCGCCUCUAGGAUAUCCAAUUCACUUUACUCAUUUGGGAAAACACGGAUCGACCACCACACUAUAUGCUUCAACUGCUUCUUGUCAAAAGACAUGGAUCGACACUAUAGAGACGUAUCGGCAUUCUAUGUUGGACCCCAAAAGGGUGUUCCAGAUGUCUACUUUUUUAACAUUCAAUUAUAAUAAUAGCCCAACAGCUGCUAAAGUGAACUGUGCAAUCCAAUAUAGGUCUAUCAUGUUUUUGGGCUGUGAUGACGGUGUUUUUAUGUAUAAUCCCUCCAAAAGCAGUAGAAACAGCAACAGCAUGAUCAUACCUCUAGCAGCCACAAAUACAACAAUCAUGAAUAAUAUGAGCGUCAUUUCUUCAGAACGGAUAGAAAAACCUGAAAAUGAUAUAAGCUCAUUUUCGAGCCCUACAACGCCGACUGUUUCUACUGAUUACAAAGCGAAAAAGACAUGCGAUUCAGGCCAUACCGUUAGCAACGAGUAUGAGAACAUAGUAGACCUACAUCUCAUGAAUAUUCUACCUACGGAUCGAAAAGUCAUUCAAAUCGAUAUCAUAGAGGAAUUGCAACUUAUGCUGGUAUUAUUGGAGAAUCGUCUCAUUUACAGCUUGCCUUUUGUAGAAAGAGAUCUAUCGUCACUUACACAGCAAUAUGAUCAGAGAAUGCUACAACAAUUAGAUCAAAAUGUGUCUUUUUUCAAAGCGGGGAAAAUCAACGAGCAAAUCUAUGUGUGUCUCGUAAAAAAUAAUACGAUGUCAUCUAUUAUACGAACUUUGGAGCCAUCCUCUUUAUCAUCCUUACCCAUAGCGUCGUCACAGAAUAAUACUCACAAAUUGAGCAAUAGCUCCAACAAUACCAAUACAGACAUAACAACAAUGCUGAUGUUGGAACAGAAUUAUCAAAACAAUCCUGCUACUUCACCUAUACCAACCAAAAAUAGCCAGCAUCAUCAUUAUCAUCAUCAUCAGCGUCAUCAUCACAGCCAUUCAAGCUAUAGUAUGCUGGAUAAUGCUGCUUCUCUGAUCAACAAAAAAACAAAGAGCUUGCUUUUACAUAAAAAAUCAAGCACAGACGUUGGAUUGCGUAUGCAUAAAGAUCUUUACAAACCAGAGGAAACCACCUCGAUUCAAUUCUUCAAAAAUUUUAUUUGUGUCGCUAGUGCAAAAGGUAUGCAUAUGGUGAAUAUCGCUACGACAGAAGUACAAAGUGUACUUGAUCCACUAGAUGAACAUCAUCAAUUCAUUCGUCAUAGAGAAAACACUGCUUCCCCGCUUCUGAAGCCUAUAGCAUUGUUACGGCUAGAUUCGUAUGGAGAUGAUGUACAAAGAUAUGGAAAAUCACACUUUCUAUUAUGUUAUAAUGAAUUUGCGUUCUAUAUCGAUAAGAAGGGAAGACGUGUCAGACCCGAUUGGAUGAUCUCAUGGGAAGGACAACCUGUUUCUUUUGCGUUCCAAGCUCCCUACGUGGUGGCGUUUGACCUCACUUUCAUAGAGAUACGACACAUAGAGACAGGUGAUCUAAAACAAGUGAUUAUAGGUCAAAACAUACGCUUUCUGUUCCAGUCAACAACCGAGAAUAGAAUUUAUUUUGUAAUGGAAGACCCAAAAACAGGAUUCGAGCAUAUACACUAUAUACAAUUGAUUUAAGACACCACUGUUGAUAACUCAUAUAAAGUAUGCUUACUUUGACUACGCUUAUGAUCCUAUACUUUUUUUUUUCCCUAGCAA